UGCUCCCCCGGGGCGAGAGAUGUUGUCGCCGGAUCAUGUACGAGUCACAGUGUCGGGAUAGCGUGAACGGCAACGAGGGCAGGUGGAUGCGUAAGUGUGGUAAAUGCGAAAGGCUGGUCUUCGACGACGAUGAGGGCUACAGAGAAUGGAACCCACGUUGCUUCUGUGGUAUUCCAUCUCGCCUGCAGCACGAGACUAACAGCAACAAUCACUGGACAUACCGAUGCCUUUUCGAGUUUUGUGGCUUCAAGAGGUCGCAUCGACGCCGUUCUGCAAGUCGCCGGGUGUCCAGGUCGAGGUUCAGGAAUGGCCAUCGGUCCAGUUUUGGUGGGAGGAUAGGUGCGCCUACCUUUCGAUAUGUGACUUGCGAGGGUUAUUGGUGGACAUGGGACAGUUAUUGCAGGCUUUUCGGGAAUUCAUGAUUUAUUUUAAGGUCAUUCUUCUAUACAAGGUAUCUGUAUAUAUAGCGAGAGCCCCGCAUCUCGACGUAGAGAUCAGUAGACCAAGAAGCCUCCCUUUGCCAGGUUCAGCUAAAAGUCCGUAUACAUAUCCGACCGUUCCAUGUGUUGAUACGCGCUAUUCAGCAGUCUUGGCUGUGCUGACAGUCAGAUCUAUGCCUUGCUUCACAUCCCAGCCUUUAUCUUUACUACGGCACAAAGGCUACAUUACUGCGAUAUUUUGCACGGAUACCGAUGCAGUUAUGGGCAGUUAACCAUGAAGAAUAAAGUGUGCUUCCUUCAUCAGACCUGAUAGUCAUAGUCAGCCUCUUCAGCCUCUUCGGCCUCUUGGGCUU